GGAAGAGGCCAGGAUGGCGGCGGCAGACAGCGACGAGGACCUGGUCAGCUAUGGCACGGGCCUAGAGCCCCUGGAAGAAGGUGAAAGGCCAAAGAAACCCAUUCCUCUUCAGGACCAGACAGUAAGAGAUGAAAAAGGAAGGUAUAAACGGUUCCAUGGAGCCUUUAGUGGUGGCUUCUCUGCUGGGUACUUCAAUACCGUUGGCUCUAAAGAAGGAUGGACACCCUCAACCUUUGUGUCUUCACGACAGAACAGAGCAGACAAAUCUGUCCUUGGACCUGAAGAUUUUAUGGAUGAAGAGGAUCUUAGUGAAUUUGGGAUAGCACCUAAAGCAAUUGUCACCACAGAUGAUUUUGCUUCCAAAACCAAAGACAGAAUCCAAGAAAAAGCCAGGCAACUGGUAGCUGCAACAGCCCCCAUUCCUGGAGCCACUCUGCUCGAUGACUUCGUAACACCAGCAAAGUUAUCUGUUGGGUUUGAAUUGCUAAGAAAAAUGGGUUGGAAGGAAGGACAAGGAGUUGGUCCUCGAGUCAAGAGAAGGCCACGCAGACAAAAACCUGAUCCUGGAGUAAAAAUCUACGGCUGUGCCUUACCCCCUGGAGACUCUGAAGGCUCUGAGGACGAAGACGAUGACUACUUGCCUGAUAAUGUGACCUUUGCCCCUAAAGACGUCACCCCUGUGGAUUUCACACCCAAAGAUAAUGUCCACGGACUGGCUUACAAGGGCCUGGAUCCCCACCAAGCACUGUUUGGAAGUUCAAGGGAGCAUUUUAAUCUCUUUGGUGGAGGCUCUGAGGGGGCCGGUCAUCUUAUUGGAGACGUUGAACCGAAUAAAGGAAGAAAAUUGGGAAUUUCAGGCCAGGCUUUUGGUGUAGGUGCCCUGGAAGAGGAAGAUGAUGAUAUCUAUGCCACAGAAACUCUGUCUAAGUAUGACACAGUUUUGAAGGAUGAGGAACCUGGUGAUGGGCUUUAUGGCUGGACAGCGCCCAGGCAAUACAAAAAUCAAAGAGAACCAGAGAAAGAUCUUCGCUACAUUGGCAAAAUUUUGGAUGGAUUUUCCUUGGCUUCUAAACGUUUAUCUUUUAAGAAAGCUACAUUCCCAGUUCCACCUACAGUUUUUACUGGCUCCGCUACUUCAGUAUUAGAGUUUCUGUCCCAAAAAGAUAGAGAGCGAAUCAAAGAAAUGAAGCAGGCAACUGACUUGAAAGCAGCUCAACUCAAAGCUAGGAGCCUGGCCCAGAAUGCUUCAGGCAGCAGAGCCCAGCUCUCCUCACCAGACGGCGGAGACCGAUCUUGGCACACGGCCUGGGGCAGCGGGACAGCCCCAACAGCCAGCAACUUCAAACCUUUUGCUAAAGAUCCAGAAAAGCAAAAGCGAUACGAAGAGUACUUAGUGCAUAUGAAAAAGGGGCAAAAAGAUGCUCUGGAACGUUGCCUGGACCCCAGCAUGACUGAGUGGGAACGGGGCCGUGAGCGGGAAGAGUUUGCCCGGGCAGCCCAGCUGUAUGUCUCUUCCCACUCCACCUUAUCCUCCAGGUUCACCCAUGCCAAAGAAGAAGAUGACUCGGAUCAAGUGGAAGUCCCUCGAGACCAAGAGAAUGAUGUCAAUGACAAACAAUCGGCUGUGAAGAUGAAGAUGUUUGGGAAGCUCACCCGAGACACAUUUGAGUGGCAUCCUGACAAGCUCCUGUGUAAACGAUUUAACGUCCCUGACCCUUAUCCCAAUUCCACAUUAGUUGGCUUACCAAGAGUGAAACGUGACAAAUACUCAGUCUUCAACUUUCUGACACUCCCAGAGUCCUCGUCCUUGCCCACCACUCCAGAACCGAUUGGGAAAGUGCCAGAACACCGUGCUUCUGACAAAUCCAGGAAACCAUCCCGAUGGGACACAUCUAAGCCAGAAAAGAAAGAAGAUUCCAUUAGUGAAUUCUUAAGUUUGGCUAGAUCAAAAGUGGGCCUUCCUAAACAAGAAUCCUGUCCCCCUGUAAAGAAAGAGGAAGAACAGGCUCCAGCAUCACUUUCCGAGAAGACCACAAAGCCAGAUGUGGAGUCGCAGGCUGAGGAGGAAGGCAAGCGCCCGUCCAUGGACCUGUUCAGGGCUAUCUUUGCCAGCUCCUCAGAUGAAAAGUCCUCAUCCUCCGAAGACGAGCAAGGUGACAGUGAGGACAAUCAGGAGGGGGCCGUGGAGGCCAACCUCCAACUUCCCCAAGAAACCCACAUGGAGGAAACCUCUUCCACAGCACCGGCCAGCGAGCCGGAACCCCAGGAGCUCACACUUCCCUUCCCAAUACAGAAGAUGCAGAUAGAUGAACGAGAAGAGUUUGGCCCUCGGCUGCCCCCUGUCUUCUGCCCCAAUGCACGUCAGAAACUUGAGAUACCUCAGAAGGAGAAACAGAAAAAGAACAAAGAUAAACACAAGCCCCAGAAAGAACACAGACGAAAGAAAGAGAAGGCUGAAAUGUCUCCCGCUAAGAAGACAGUAAUUGAAUUCUGCCCCGGCCUCUCUCUGGAUCCCGUCUUGUCACUGAUAGAAGUCCAUGGAUUGUUCAGUUAA